AUGAACCGUGAUAUUGUACUGUUCAUUUCAAAUGGUGCUUCCGUAGCUGGCAUGAAAGCUGAUAGGUCACUGGUUUCUUCUUGUCCACUUCGAAGCUUGAUGCCAGUAAUAGCUACUACACGGAAGCUUAUUCUUAGUGGAUAG